CCUGGACUUCCGGCCGGCCGGUAGCUGACUGCGAGCUGUUCACCGCGGGUCCGAGUGGCGCAGUGCGGCCGGGGCCUUGCGGGGCCUUGCGGGGCGGCCAUGGCGGACGAUCUAAAGCGAUUCCUGUAUAAAAAAUUACCAAGUGUGGAAGGACUCCAUGCUAUCGUCGUGUCAGACCGGGACGGUGUGCCUGUAAUCAAAGUGGCCAGCGACAGCGCCCCAGAGCACGCUCUGAGACCUGGGUUCUUAUCCACUUUUGCUCUUGCCACAGACCAAGGAAGUAAGCUGGGACUUUCAAAAAAUAAAAGUAUCAUCUGCUACUAUAACACGUACCAAGUGGUUCAGUUUAACCGUUUACCUUUGGUGGUGAGCUUCAUAGCCAGCAGCAAUGCUAAUACAGGCCUGAUUGUCAGCCUGGAGAAGGAGCUGGCCCCGCUGUUCGAGGCGCUGAGGCAAGUGGUGGAGGUUUCCUAGUGGCCGUGGCCCGGCCCAGCCGUCUCGGAACAGACCCCAUGGAUCCCGCGACUGACUGCGCAGUGCUUGUGUCCGUGUGCCCGAGGAGGCCUCUCUCCGCCUCCACUCAGGGGCCCUGGAGGGGCUCGCGGCACGUGUCCUCUUCUCUGUCAGACCUUCUCUUCAGUUCCCGAGCGCGGUGCCCAGCAGUGCGCACCCGCAGCUCCUGUAGUGUCUCCCUCGGUCGCCGGCUGUGGAUGUGAUUGUCGAUGGUUUGGUGGGUCUGAGUCAGUGUGGGACAGGAUUCCAGGGAGGCAGAAGUGGUCCCCGCGGCCCUCGCCCCUGGAUGUCCCGUUCCCAGGCCUGCAGGCAGAGGCGGGCUUUCCUCGCCGGGGAAGAGGAGGUGGAGGAGGACAUUUUCUGUUUUUUUCAUGUGUUUUAUUUCUUUGCAUUGAAUGUGAGAAAGAAAAAAUGCUUAGUGAAUUAAUAAAACCAGUACAAUCACUAACUCUGCUAUAUAUUAUGUUAUUUUGCAACAUAGAUAAAAUAUUAUUAAUUUAUUUGACUUUUUUAGAGGGUGCUGCUCUCCUUAAGGGAAAUGAUAGCUAAUAUUUCCCCCGAGCUUUCUAUUACCAAUCAAUGUAAUAAUGUUUGUGUGUUCUUUGUAAACUUUAGAUGUGAUUUGUUUUCCAAUCUGUUUCCGGUAUUGGUAUGUUUGUAAAAGUGAUUAAGUACAUUUUUUCACAUCUGAGUAUAAAUAAAACAGUAUUUUUUUAAGUAUA